CAAGCCAUCCAGCAACUGAAGGCAGAGAGAGCUUCUCAAGGAAUACGUGGUGAUGGUUAUGCAUUUGUCAGUCAUCUUACACCUACGCAGCAGUUAACAUUAGCCAGGCUUGUUGGUUUGAAGUGUAAAUUGUUGUCUAUGUUGAGUGCUGGUGACUGUUGAGGUAUUUCAUAAGUAGGUUGAGGUAUUGUGGGAUACAGGGACUCAGGUGUUCAUAGUAUCAAAGAGUUGGUUUAGUAAGGAUCUACCAUUAUUAGAGUUAAGGAAGAUUGAAGAGAUGUUAGGAAGGGUGAAGGAUUGGACUUAAGAGCAGCAAAAGGUUUUGUAAUACCUUUCAUAGGAUUGGCGGAAGUAGAAUUCCAACUUAUCUCUGACGUUCAAACGUCUGUAUUUCUUACACCUUUGGAAGUGGUUAGGAAAGAUACAAGCCAGAGUGAGAAAGAGACCGUCUAACAGAGAAUUAGUAGUGUCCAGGAAAGUUCUCGCAGGAGAGUCAUGUUGGUGUCAUUAGUAAUGACCAAAAGAGAGACAAGACGUCUUUAAAGACGCCACAAGUGAAACUAGGUGACCUUACUGAGAGCCAGCGAAAGAUAGCGAUGGAAAUGAUGACUGACGAAGCCGAAUCAUUUGCUCAGAAUGAUGAUGAUGUGGGAUGUAUUGAGGGACUGCAAUUGAAUUUAGAGCUAUCAGGCACCUCCCUAGUUCAGAAGACGUGUACUUCUAUACUCCGCCCGAUGUAUGCAGAAGUCAAGCAUUACAUUGAAGACUUGAUUACAUGCUUGCUACUCCUCACCAGUUGCAUGUGAAGUAUGGUUGUUGUGAAGAAUUGUUAACAAGUUAGGGCACACCAUUGAUCCCAGGAACACUGAAGCUGUCACCAAUCCAGCAGACUCUAAUACAAGGACUGUUGGAAACGUUCGAUAAAAUUAACAGGUCUGUUGAAAUACUUUCGCAGAUAUAUUGAGCAGUUUUCAAGGAUUGCAAAGCUUCUCAAUGAUAUUGUUAAGGAGCCUGAAAUGAAAUGGCUAUUCAAUGUCAGAGAGCAACAGGGGAACGUCACAAUUUUCAAAUGCAAAGAGGCCGGUAUCAUUCCGUGAUAUGCGACCACCAACAAGUCCGCUAGAACAAUAGCCAACAAACAAUGAAUUUAUAUUAAGGUUUGGGUUUCCUUCCAGAAUUUAGCACGACUAAGCAGGUGAAUUUGCAAAUUAGCUUUUCCAUCGUUUAGAAGAAUGCUGUGGUAUGGUGCCAUCCAAAACAACACCCUACCAUUCUAAGGGAAUGGGAAAAAAGAGAGACUCAACCAGACACUUCUUUCCAUGUUACGCACCUCGCCAGAAAACCAGAAAUCUCGGUGGAAGGACAGUCUUAAUAAAGUUAUGCAUGCCUAUUAUUGCACCUGUGAUGAGGCCACUGGAUUCUGUCAUUAUUACCUGUUGUGUGGUCAGUCCCCAAGACUUCCGAUUGAUCCUAUUUUCGAAUUAAGCCUGCUUCUCCCACAGAAUAUUUAGCUCAUGUCAGAGAAUGGAAAACAGCCAUGAAAGAGGCUCACGAGUUAGCAACAAAUAUAUGUAGAUUAGCUGGGACGAAAGGAAAGAAGCAUUAUGAGGGCAAGGACCACAGUCCUGUUCUACUGCCAGGUAACAGAGUCAGUAACAAAUAAACGUGAAAAUUACGAUCUGGAAAAUUACGAUCUUACUGGGAAGAGGCAAUUUAUCGAAUAAUCAAGCGGAAAGGAGAAGGGAGCCCAUUUACGAAGUUGAACCUGAAUCAGGCGAAGGACUGCGCCGCGUGAUACACAGCAGUCUAAGACUUCCAUGCAAUGACUUAACCUUUGAAAGAAAGACAGAGGAUCCAGCCAGGAGGCCGAAGCAGAAGAUUACCAGACCAGCUCUUUUGCCCACCCCCAGCCCUGCCUCAGAAACCAGUUCAGAUGAAGAGGCUUAGGGUAUGCUGACCUUAACAGCAGUGGGAAAAGGGACUGCUCGACAUCAGAAACCUGUGGUCGAGGAUCCAGUGACAAAUUAUGAAUUUUCCUAGCAGUCAGUUGAGCAAGAAAUACCAGCACCCACAGAACCAGGAGAUGAACGCAAGCAAGCAAAAGGAUUUCGUAAUUCUCUCAUUGAGCAUGUGCACAGCGUUAAAAAAAUAAUAAUAAUAAAAUAAAAGAAAUAAAUAAAAGAAACCGAACGUGUCUAGAUCAAAAAACCAGGAGAUGAACGCAAGCAAGCAAAAGGAUUUCGUAAUUCUCUCAUUGAGCAUGUGCACAGCGUUAAAAAAAUAAUAAUAAUAAAAUAAAAGAAAUAAAUAAAAGAAACCGAACGUGUCUAGAUCAAAAUUGGAAAUAAACAUUUACAGCACAGCACAGCACCGCUAAUUUGAUAAAUAAAAUAUUUAGAAAAGAGAAGGAUCUUCCCUCGCUUUCAAGUCGCACUGAAGUGUUAAAAAAGUUUUGAAGAAACUGUGCAACGCAAAUAUUCGUUAAAAGCAACCGAAAACGUAGGCGCAAUGUAACGUUACAUGUGCUCCCUCUUCCUCAGUGAAUGUUUUAAAGCAACUGAAAAGUGCACGCGAAAGGUAACCUCCAAAUAAAAUUUCAAAACAAAGACGUAACUAAACAUGAGCGAGCAGACUUUGAGAGGUUCAAAUAAAAUUAAAGUCCAUAUUCAGUCCAACUGCGUCUAGUGUCCGGCAGGUGAAGAUCAUUCUGCGUUUGAAUAUCAUUCGGCAUUUGAUGGCAUAAACCACGUUUUCGCUGACACAAGGAACGGUAUGAAACACGCUGAGCGUGAUGUAUUGAGACGACAAAGUGCUAUUGUGACGUUUUGAGAGGUUGUUAUUAGAUGCCAUCGACCGUAGCCCCCUUCGGACACCUCAUGUUAUUUACACAACGUAGUUUUCCCCUUUAGUAAUUAGGGUUAAGCACUACCUUUUACAGAUUAGGGUUAAUCACUGCCUUUUCUCAGUAAGGUUAAGCACUGUUUCCAAACUGGUUAGGUUCUUUUUUGGGGGGUCAGGGUUGGUGCCAUCCUCGGAGACCCAGGGACAGUCAGUCGGGUCGGGAAAAAAGGCGGAACGAAAGAGCCCCUGGGUACCGACUUACAACGGACCAUUUCCAAAAAUUCAAGCGGAUGCCGGCUCCUGAUUGGGCACAAAAAAUGCUUUGUAUUAUUGUGCCCAAUCGGCGAACACAUCUCAAUGAGUUAUUUUCGUGUGUUCUUACAUGACGGCUAUUGUCUCGAUCACGGCUUGUUUGUUGUAGCUUAUGCACCAAAGAAAUGCACGGAGUCAGGAAACUUUCAGUUUGAUAUAAAAUCCCCAUCUGAUUCAACUCGCUUACUUUGACAAAUGCAAGCGAACUCUUCUGAACCAUAUCAAAGUUCAUGAAGAGAGAAUGAAUUUUGAUAUUCUCGGGGCAAAUUCAAUUGCUCUUGCUGAUAGUAACCCAAACGUUUAUUCAACUCAUCGGUAGUUCCUUUGUUUCUGGUUAGGAAAGUAGAAAAUAAAAGUUUCCCUUGUACGCACAAGCUUGGUGAACGAACCGGGCAAGUGUGGCGAGACAAUAGCCGUCGUGUACAAACUCACGAAAAGAACUCAGGAGAAAUUGUUCGCCGAUUAGGCACAAUAAUACAAAGCCUUUUUCGUGCCCAAUCAGGAGCCGGCAUCCGCUUGAAUUUUUGGAAAUAGUUCGGUGAGAGUCGGUACCCAGGGGCUCUUCUGCCCUUAUUUGAAAACUUUCGUUGCGCCUUUAUUCCCGACCCGACUGACUGCCCCUGGGUCUCCGAGGAUGGGUUGGUGCUAUAUGUACUUAAAUUAUUUCCCCUCAUUCCUACAAAUCCUCAGUGGUUUAGUGUUUAGCAUAGCAUACUAGUGGGUCUUCUAGGUUGUGGGUUCGGAUCCUACUGUCUACCAUAAUCAUUUUUUUUGUUUUUUGUUUUAAUUUUAAGUUGAAGAGACUAGCACUUUCACGAACAUUUCCAGCUUGAAAUAUCAUCUAAGUGUGAUAUAAAAGCAGAAAGAAGUUCUACCUUGAGCAAAUUUCAUAUGUGGAGAAAGGGGCUCCGGCCAAUGGGAUCUAAUGCUGACCGUUUCAAGAUGACUCAGGGCAAGAACUCCGUACGGGUUAGGUCUGCCGCCUUGCUCGCUCGUUUCACAAUCGCUCGCGCGGCGGCAAAAUCGCAAAAGCGCACAAGGUAUGUCUUGUUGCUAGAGUCCUCCAUUUUUGUCUAGUCUUUUUGUUUUGCGAUCGGCUUACAUUUGUCAACGCUAUCGGUUAAAUUUAGAACAACCUCCUUGCUAGAAAUGGUCUUCAUUCGGCUAAAGCUUGAUAUCUUGUUUUUUUUUGUUUUGUUUGUUUUGUUUUUCAUUUUUUUUAUUCAUCAUUGUAGACAUCAAUGAAUGUAAGGACGGAUUACACAACUGUGGCGAUGUGUCCAAUUGUGAGAAUACCCAUGGAUCUUUCAAUUGCGUUUGCAAAAUUGAUACAAAAUACAAAGGUAGGUGAUACUGACAUGAAUUAUAGCUGAGACCUAAUUCUAUUUUAGCAAUGACUGAAUAAGGCUGAGUGUGACGUGAAGAAUUAUGCAGAUCGAGGUGGUGGAUAUUAUCCACCGAGGCUGAAGGGGCAGUUUUUCACCAUACGAAAGCAGAAUUUGGUAAUUAUUUUUUAUUCGUUCAAAGUAUUUUAAGUCCUAAAAAAGGUUACCUCCUCGUAAACUUUCUUUAAAGCUUUGGCCUGUUUCUUGGCAUGGUCUCAUAUAAACAGACGUCUUUUUUCGUGCAGAAACUCCGCAAAAGGUAGACAACAUCCAUCGAGUAAUAUGCAGUGUGUGACUCCUGUGUAUUCUCCCUUUUUUUCGUCCAUUCAUCAUUUAAAGUCAAAAAGUCAGCUAUCUCCUCCUCGGAUAGCUCUGAACGUCAUGUUUUUCAUUCACUCAUGAAUAAACAGCUCGGCGGCCGUGCCUGUAUACGAGGUUGGUCGAUGGUCUAUUGCUUAAGCCGCCUCGUUUCCAGGCCAAUAUGUUGAUCAAUCUCGUCUCCAAACAAAUACACUAUUAACUCGAUGGUGUAUUGUUCUCAUCUUCCAUUAUUUGGCAUCGCAAAGAAUGACGUGAGAUAUCCGAGAGCUUUAAGCACGCUCCGAGUGGCAGAUUUGAAAGGAUACCUUGUAGGCUUUAAUAUGUUGCUCGUAAGAAGAUUUUACAACUGAAUCCAAGAAUUAAAACUUAGCCUUGUUUUAUGUUGUGAUCAGUUAAAAUGGAUCCAAAUUUGAAUGAUUAUCACAUGAUGGUCCCUCAAAUGUCAGUUGAAUAUGAAGAAUUAGCCUGGGGGAUGAAUGAAUAUUAUUGAACUCUACAUGUUGAGUUGUUUUAUCGCCAUUUUGUUUUUGUCAUGUUUUCCUUCCCUUUUUCUUUAUUCCCUACUUUCUAUUUUUAUGGAUUGAGCGUAACAUGUUCUUCAACUCUGCAACAAACCUUAAUUAACCAAAAUACAAUAGAAGUUAGAAAUAGUUUAGGUUUUGCAUGCGGCUGACCCAUCGUGAAAUACAAAAACUCAAAAACAAAAAAAAAAAGAACAGAUGUGUAGAGUUUUAAAAAGCAAAUUAAUUAAUCGUUCCAAAAUAAUCUUCAGCAGAUUCAUCAGUAGCAAAUGCUCUAAAGACGUCAACAGCAUCAUUAGCAAGUCAACUGUGUAGGUAUUUGCUUGGGUCAAGAUUAGCUGGAGCAAAGUGGAUCCAUCUAUACCGUUUAGUACUUUCACAAUAAUGUUAUAUUCAUUAUUCCACAUCUUUCCCUGACAAGCCUUUCUAAUUUCACAAAAGUAACAACUUGUUCAUCACGACAUCAUCACUGCUAUUGUGGAAGAUUAAAAUCUUAGUAUUUUUUUCUAUAAUAUUUAUUCUAUUUGGCAAAUGUAUAAAUAAAAUAAAAUUAUUUGUUGUUAGCCAACUUCUUUAUUUCAUCAAACUCCUCAAUAGUAAGGUGUUUAAUAAAUAUAAAGAAGUUGGUUAACAAAAAAAUAAUUUUAUUUUAUUUAUUACUGUUUUUUUAAUUUAUUUAAUGAGAUAACAAAACAAAAUAUAUUAGAGCACGACUUCCAGUGAACAAUAUUUGAAAUAAUCGCGUCCCUCAGAUGAUCGUCUCUAAUAAUAAUGAGGAUGAGAAUGGCAAUCGCCCCCGGGCUAUUAUUCGAGGAAAUGCGAUACAUCAAACCAACAUUUAUCGUGUUUCGGUGGAACCUCUUCGGGUCGAAGACAAAUAUAAAUAUACAAGAUAAAAGCGCGGGACCUAGCUAACAAGUCCGUUAAUUUGUCAACUAAUUACAGAGCGUAACUGAGGUCAAUUGAUAGUAUAGCUUGUUAAACUCUCUAAACCUAGAUCUUCAAAUUACCAGGAAUUACGACAAACGGGUCCUGUGCCCACAACGGCUGGAGGGUUUCUUUGGUGUUUUAUUCAUUUGUUUUAUUUUUAUUUUUUCACUUUUUAUUAAUUGUGAUCAUCUCUCAUUAAAGCGUAUCUCUAUCUUUGCGCAUAAUGAAACAAUUUAACAUUUUCUUUCUUUUUUCUCCAAUUGUGCAGUGUCAUCGCCAACUAUGACAACUGUUUUAAGCCCAUCAGCAGCAUCAUCGAGUUCUGUAACAACUGCCUCGAUGCAGCCGACAAGUCGAGGUAUGUUCUUAAAAGCGCUAGCACACCAUAUUCCAACAUUUUCCAUAUAGCAGCAAGAAAGAAGUCUUAGGAAAUCUGAACACAUCAUAGAAUAAUAAUAAUAAUAAAACAAACAAACAGAAAACAAAAACAAACAAAUAACAACAACAAUAACAUCAAUUAUCGGCUCUAGAUCGGCUAUAGACUGUUUUUCUCAAUUGGAAAAGCACCGGCCCGCCCCCAAGCAGAUGGACGUACCACCUAACCGGCCUUUGGUCUUCUAAAAAAUUGGUAUAUGCGGACUGUAAUUUUGAUCAUGUCGCAGUUCACAUGAUUUAACAUUUUCCUUCUUUUUUUCUCCAAUUAUGCAGUGCCAUCGCCACCUAUGACAACUGUCAUUAGCCCAUCAGCAGCAACAUCGAGUACAUUAACAACUACCUCAAUGCAGCCGACAAGUCCA